AAGCUGUCUUCUGUGGCCGGGCGGUACGGUACGGCAAGGCGGCGACGUUACUGAGGAGGCCACGGAAACACAAGUGCUGGGACUAGGAGAACUCGUCUCGCUUCCCUAGAAGCUGCGCACCUUCCUACUGCAUCGCUCGCACCUCGACCUUUUUGACAAUGUCCAACGCAAACGUCGGAUCGGUCUACGACCACAUAAUCCAGGAGGUCAUCAAUGCCGUGCGUGUCGAUUUCGAGGAGAACGGCGUCGAGGAUGGCGUCCUGGACGAGCUGAGAAAAGGCUGGCAACAGAAACUCUCGCAGCUCAACGUCGCGCAGUUCCCUUGGGAUCCCAAGCCUGAGCCGCCUCCUACUGCAGCGAACAAUGCUCAGACAGCGGCUCCUCCCGUCUCCCAGCAGGUUGCCACCAGCUAUACCCAGGCCACCUUGAGCCCCCAGACGUCGUCCCAGCCUCUCUCGCAUCAGGGCUCUCUGCAUCCCGGUGCUAAUGGCAUGGGAAUCAAGCCCGACCCGGGCAUGGUCAAGCCUGAACCCGGCAUCAAGCAGGAGCCUGGCACAGGAAUGAGUCAGACCGGCGUUCCCGCGUAUAAUGCUGCAAACGCAGGCCGCGGCGGAAUAGCCGCUCAGCGUGCCGCCCAGGCCCUGGAGAGCAACUAUGGCCCACGUGCUGCUGCCUCCAUCAGUGCCAUUCAGAGCGGCAUGGCUCAGCAGAUGAACCCGGCCCAACUGGCUCAGCGACCGGGGCAGCCGCCCCAGCAGCAACAGCAGCACCAGGCUCCUCAACAGCAGCAGCAACCUAACGCGCAACAGCAGUAUCGCCAGGGAGUAGCCGCCACGAUGCAGCAGCGGCUGCAGUCUCAGCAGGGUGCUCACACGAACGGUCCGAACGGCCUUCCUACGGCUCAAGUUGAUGGAUCCAGUGACAGCUUUGAGGGCGUCUUGCUUCGGCGUGAUGCCAACGGCCAUCCUGUAGAGAUGGGCCGAGUCGAGAUCGACAACUUGAUCCAUGCCCAAAUUGCUUCCAGAGCCAAGCAGAUAGAGGGUGGCGGCCUUAUGCUGCCCCUCAAGGAAGCUACCCGCCACCGCAGUAUUGCGAACAAGAGCAAAGCCACCGCCGGUGGCCCCUCUCAAGUCGAUGGCCCUGAUGACCUUAUGAAGGAUGAGGACCUUGAUGAAGACGCCAUCAAUUCCGACCUGGACGAUUCCGAGGAGGAGAAGGAUGAAGAAGAAGAGGACGACGACUCAAUGGGCCACAUGAUGCUCUGCAUGUAUGACAAGGUCCAGCGAGUCAAGAACAAGUGGAAGUGCACCCUGAAGGACGGCGUCCUGACGGUCAAUGGCCGGGAGUAUGUCUUCCACAAAGCCACCGGCGAGUACGAGUGGUAAUCUCAUGGUGCACGCCAAUUGCGCACGACCCUUCAUCUCGGUCUUUAUGCGCUUGUACGAGUGCACCUGCGACUUGCCUCAUCAUCGAACUACUAAAAACGACGUUAAAGAUCCUUUAUCGCCAAGGAAGCAAUCAAAG